AUGGCAGAAGAUGCAGAUACAAUCGUUGAUGUACACUAUAAUGGGGUGUUCGCACCUACCCCAUUGAUGUAUUUUAAUGGAGUAAAAGCCUCUGUACCAUACACGGUUGUGAACAAGAUGAACUUCCCUGAUUUCAUCCCCUUUCUUGAAAAGCUUACUAACGGAAGAUGCAAAGAUGUGUAUUAUUGUCCACAUGAAGUGAGGUUGUCGGAGGGAUUACAUGUUAUUCAGAAUGACUGCGAUUUUAACGAGUUUCUUGAAGAUAUCAAUGAAAAGAAGAGAUUGGAUAUGUAUGUGGAUCAUUAUCAUGAACCUUUGUUUGGUUGGAUUCAGGAGGAAGAAGCAGACCUUGAAGAUGAAGAUUUGGUUUCUAUUGAUGAUGUUGACUCCAUUUUUAGAAGAUGGGCAGGCAUUCCUCUAAGAUGUACCAUUUGCCACCAAACUGGCCACAACAAAGCCACAUGCUCAAGUAAGCCAACUCCAGCUCCAAGCACAGCAGGUCCAAGUCAAUCAACUCCAGCUUCAAGCACAGCAGGUCCAAGUCAAUCAAUUCCAGCUCCUGUCAAGAGAACUCCUGUGAAGAAAGCUCCUGUGAAGAAGGCUAAUGUGAAGAGAAGUCCUAUGAAGAAGGUUCCUUUGAAUGAUGCUGGUAGGGUGAGAAAGUUUUCAGAAAAAAUCACAGAAAUUAGUCUUCAGAAAAAUGUUAAACUCAAGGAUGGAACUGGAUGUAGCCUAGACAAACCUGUGACCUUAAAGUAA